GGAGACUAACAAACAAAAAAUUGCUUUCGUUUCGUUUCCAUAUAAACUCUAAUGCACGUACAACUCGAGCUUAUUAUUCGAAUCCAUUAUUAUUUUGCUGCCUGCUUAAAAUAAUUGUGUACAUCCAUUUUUGAUCGCCGGAAAACCUGCAAGAAAGAAGGAUAAUUGUUUCUGGAAAAACUUAGAAAAGACCUUUGGAAAAUACAUUUGACCACCAAGAGUACGGAAGUUGAUGAAAUAGAAUGGCUUCGCAGUUCUUUCUAGAAAAUGACAUCUUUGACAUGAGCUUUGAUAAGCGAGUGGCAGAAUUCGAAGAGAUCUACCUAGCCAAGUUCGGACACUUCGCUCACCCCCAGAGAGAAGCGGCCCGGAAGAAAGCGGUCGAACUUCUCAACAAAAAUAAAGAGGCACUUGAAGCAAUUGGACACGAGAUUGUGAAGAACUGUGAAGAAGGUCUGAAGAAGAUGGGACCAGUUGCUGCCGCUGAGUUCAUUAAGAAGCAAGCACAAAGCCUUGUGGCCCGGCAGGUUCUGAACGCCACUGUUCGGGGUGGCGCAGACCAGUUUGGUCGUCGUAUGGCGGUCGUGGUUGCUGAUGAGUCUAUUCGCUUGGCUGCUGCUCAGUUUGGCGCCAGAGGAGCAGAAGCAGGGGUUCAGGCAGCAGUUGAAGGAGCUGCACCACAGUUUCUUGCUAACGCUGGCAAGAUGGCAAUGUUGGUACCUGGUCUCUCCGCUGCGGUGGGGCAAGCUGUCGCCGAGCAUGUAACUGGGCAAAUGGGAAUUGAGAACCACCAUGCCAAGAACUCAAUUGCUGUAGGCGGGGCAGUGGCCGGGGGAGCUGCUGCCGGGGCCGUGAUAGGGGGUCCACCAGGUGCAGCAGUGGGCGCCGUUGUAGGUGUAGCUGGAUGGGGAAUAGGUAAGGUGAUUGACGCUUCAAUUGCAAGCGGGUUGGGCAUCGUAGGGGGGCCCGAUGACAAUUGGGCCUAUCUGAAAAUUGGUCAAAUAGACCGGGAGGUUUGCUUUAGUACAUAUAACAAAAGGGAUACGGUUUACUUUAAAUCUUAUUGGAACGAAUAUAGGAGAAACGACCAUAAGGAGUUUAACAUAUCAGCAGGCCAAGGUCAACGCGAUGACUUUCAGUUGACAGUGUAUAAAGGCAACACAUCCAUAGCACAUUUCCAGAAGGUGUACUAUAGAGAUAUGAUUUUUGUAGCGAAGAACAAAAAGGGCAAACUGGCUGUGGCACACGGGAAGGGUGAGUUAUGGGAAGGGGAGGCGAGUAAUGUUAUCAUUAAGACUGAUGAUUAGGUUUGGUCGCCACCAUUUAAAGGUGCACGAUAUCCGACGCUGUUGAACAGUUUGUUCCCGCCGAUAUCUUCAUUACGAAGAUCAUCGACGUAAUUUGCAUGGCGCCGUCCGCACGGCGUACGUAUGUCCAGCAGCGCCUCCUUGAACCCUGGGAUCGUGCAUCUUUAAAGAUUCGAGCAAACAUAGCGAAAGAAAAUCGGUUUUAUCGGGGACUUUGUUAAAAUCUUAACCAUUGUAACUUCAAACUUUCACGUAAACGUAAAACUUAAGAUCAUAUAUAUUUUUUAUAACAUAAUGUAUGUUUGUUAUUGUUUUUCAUUCACUAUGAAUUAAUGUUCAUUCCGAAUUUUAAAAUGUAUUCAAAAUCUUUAAAUUCGGCAAAGUUGAUAGCGCCGACUGACUAUUGGUAGACUGAUAGACAGUCGAACAUUAAUAAAAGUGUAAAACCGUUUUAAACCAAAUAUCAUUUUGGUGGCUCAGAGUAGAGGUAUUCUUCUCAUUAUUUUUAUUUCUAACUAAAAUAAGAAGUAUAUAGUAUAAGUUAAAUCAUCACCACACAGCUGAAUGAAAUAAACACAGUAUCAUUCGUGUUUAAUUAUUUUUGGCCAUAUAUUUGUUCAUUCGUUUCAACCGUUGUCUGCAAGACAAUCUACAUAACGAGGAUGAAGUAACUAAACAUAUCGCCUCCUUAUCAAUCAGUUAUAAAUACAGAAACCUUAAGCUUAUUAGAAUAGCCCCCCCC